GCUGAGAUUUAUUACCCAGAUUACAGGUAACCUUGUGGGUAGGCUACUGAUAAAAUAGGAAGAAACUGGUCUAUCGACCCAUCUUUUAUUUGCUUGCACCUUAAAACAGGAAAACAAACAUUUAUCCCGAAGUCUAUCUUGCUACCCACAACAGCACAACAUAGGUUCUCAGGAGGUGGGAGGAGGGUGGCAUGCAGAUUGGCAGCAGGUCUUCCUGAAUUUUCCAAAUUUCCCUCCAGCCUAUCCCCAAUAUUUAUAAAUGGCUGAUUUUAAUAUUCCAAUAAAUGAUCUCUGCUUGGUUUUAUUUAAAUGUCUUUGUUUCGCUGAAACUUUUGGAACUGGACUGAACCAGAACUCUUGUGGACUUGGAAGGUGUCAAUUAAUUGGAAUUGAUAUCCUUGAGAUAUAUUUAUAUCCUUGGGAAAGAGGGAGGUUUCUUAUUUGCUUUCCUUCCUCCUUGUGGAAUGCUCUUCCUGUUUCUUCUUUAUCUCACGUUACGGUAUUGUCUGACAAGGUUGUUUUUGUUUUUACAAAUUAUCUAACUAUUUUAACAAAAAUAUGUCUGUUAUAGCAAACUAACAUCCAGUGCAUUUGGUUACAUCAAUCACCGCUAGUACUUUAAGAUGAUAUAGUGUAUAUGGAUUAUUUAAUGUAUAGUCUUCCUUAUCUCCUUUCAGGUCUUGUACUUUGUUUAAUGGUAUUUGAUGGUUUCCUUUACUUGCUGACCAAGUUAGUUGUCACAUCUGCAAAGGUUCACGCUACGGUCUCUCAGAAACAAGUUUCGGGCCUUCUGCUUGGCAACACUCCUGCUGCUUAGCCUAGGCCCCUUGGCAAUGGCCAAGGCUGGCAACAGAGUGCUGCUUGCUGGGCGAUUGCUGCCUGUGUCUGACAACAGCCCUAACAAGGGAGCAGAGCCAGGCCCAGCAGGGAAUAAAAGCAGAGUCCCCAAGAAAACAGGGCAGUCUACGAGCAGUCCACAUGUCAAUUUGCUGCGCCUCCCCCGCCCCCUGCAAGCUGCUGUUUGAAAGCCUGUCCACUGCAGUUGAGCUGCGUUCCCUGUAAAUACUUAGAGCCACUGGCAUAGUCUAUUAGUUGGCUGCUACCAGGGGAGCCUUGGUAUCUUAGCACGGCUGAGUUGUUUGGAUGAGGUAUUGUAAGGGUCAGCCUUGCUGGCACAGCGACAUGGUCGGGAGCUGUGCGCCCAGUUCACGCAUCCUCUGCCACAAGAAGAGAUGCAGGCAAAUGCCAUUUCCCACUGAUGAACAGGAAGAGAUAAUCCACCACCCCCAACCUUGUUCUCUGCUCUUGCCCUACGAAGGCUGGUCAAACUGCAUCUUAUUUCCAAGAGACGUGCCGGAUGAAAGUUCAGAGCAGGACUUAGGCAAGAGUGAAACUAAAGGAAUCUCUAAGAUCAAGACUGGCAUUGCAGUAGUUGCUGGAGCAGGAAUAUCAGUAGUUGCUGCCCCACUUGUACUGGGGGCAGUAGGAUUUACUGGAGCGGGAAUUGCAGCCGGGUCACUCGCUGCCAAUAUGAUGUCAGUUGCUGCCAUAGCCAAUGGAGGAGGAGUGGCUGCUGGAAGCAUGGUGGCAGUGCUACAAUCGGCUGGUGCUGCAGGACUCUCUUUGACAACCAACAUUGGGCUGGGGGCUGUAGGGGGUGGUGUUGGGGCAGCGAUUAGCAGACUCUUCACCAAAGAGAAAUGAACCUGCUCCUGUGGCGUUUGGAACAAAUGCUGGCCGCUCACAGAACUCUUCAGCUCCAGCAUCAGGGUUGCUCAAGCAGCAAGCUUAUUUUAAUUUGAAACAUGUGCCGCCUUUGCAAUGCUGUGGAAACCACCACUGUGAAUUUACCACUUUCCCCUGCCUUUUUCCCCCUUUCCCUCCCAGUCUCCUGAACAGCUGUUGAUCUCCUUUGAUCAUUUGGGGUAGGGGAGGAAACAAUAAAAGCUAUUUCCUUAAAUGAAUUAAUUUGUUUCAAAUUAUGUCACUGAAACCCUUGGGAGGAGGGCCUUACAUGCAUGGUAAGGGCUGGAAGAGCAAAGCAUUGCUGAUGUGUGGAGGGCCACAGCCUGUCAGAGGUAAGCCUAAGUGUUUGUCAAGGAGAUAGUUUUGGAGUGACUGAGAGCGAAGACCGUGCUGGUUUCUGUAUAGGUGGAUCCUCUCCUCUCUACCAGAUCAAUGCAUCUCUUAUCACCAGGCUGUCUCAAUACCCAGACUAGAGAAAUCGCAUGGGACACAUCUUCCUGCUCCUGGAUCUACUGCAGCAGGGAGACUGCACUUUCCCCUGAGCUUGGCUUAAUGGGACACUGGUUUCUAGCUAGCUCCAUGCCAGGGUUGCGGCUCCUAACCUCCAACACAGAAGUCAAACUUACCUACAGCUUUCUUAUCAACAGACCUUUGAGUCAGCUCCUUUCAGCUUGCACCCCUUUUGGAAAGGUUGAUACCAGUGCUCUUGUACGUAGUGUGCCAAGAUGAAAUCACUCCCACACCUACAGGAGUAAAAUAGCUUCCAGGCACUGUUUGGUGGGUGACGACUGACCCCAGGAUAGCCCUUCAUGCUGGAGAUGUUAACCAGGACAGGAGCCAGCAGAGAAGAGUUCGGGUUCUAGUGUACUUAAUGGAACCAAGAGUGGGAGGAGUGGUUUAUCUAGACUGAUUAGGACACAGGUCUAUCUGCAGCACAAGCUGAUUAGCUCAUCAGCUGUACGAAGUGUGCUCCUUUCAGUUCCUAUUAGGUAGACUCAUAGGAGCCUCCUGUGGUUCAGUGGUAGCAUCCUUGUCUACCACACAGGAGACCCGCGUUUGAUUCCCAGACACAUAGACAACUACAGCCAUAGAGGCACCAAGCAUCUGGACAUAGUCCGGUCUUUGAAUUCAGUCUCAGUGGCAAAAGGGGAGGUUGGAAAGUCUGGGCCAGCCUCCACUCCUCCAAAAAUUCCUGCUCAGGCAUGUGCAUUGAAGGUCUG